GCUCUUUUCUACAAAUUCACAGGGAUGAUUGAAAGAGAAGACGUCAUGGAGUGUUCCCGAGCUUCCUUGCAAUGAGCAUCAUUUUAGAAUUAUCCGACAAUUUUCACGGACGGGAGUUGCAAUGAAGGCUGGGGCCUCCUCCAUGUGGGCGUCAUGUUGCGGGCUGCUGAACGAGGUGAUGGGCACAGGGGCGGUCCGUACACAGCAGCCGGGCUUCGGAGCUGGAGCCGGACCAUUCCGCUUUGCCCCCAGCGCUGGAUAUUCCACCUACCCCCCCAGCAGCGCCACAUCAGGAACCACAGGCCUGGUGUGCAAAGCCUGCGGACUGGCCUUCUCCGUGUUCCGACGAAAGCACAUUUGUUCGGACUGUAAGAAGAGCUUCUGCUCGCUGUGCUCUGUGCUGCAGGAGAACCUGCGGUGCUGUGCCACCUGCCACCUGCUGUGGGGCACGGCCUUCCAGCGACCGCGCUUAAUGCGACUCCGCGUUAAAGACCUGCGGCAGUACCUCACGCUGCGAAACAUCAACACGGACACCUGCAGAGAGAAAGAGGACCUGGUGGACCUCGUGCUCUGCCAUUUGGGUGCCGAGUUGGAGAUCGGAGAAGAUGAUGAGGAGGAGGAAGAAGAGGAGGUGGAAGGGGACACAGACAGCCUGCCGUCACUCCCGUGCUCUCUUUCCACUCCACCUGCCUCUGCCGCACGCUCCGCAUCCCAGCAGUCAGCACUGUCCGCAACCGCCUCUCAGGGAGAAGCUCUCAGUCGCAGCGAUAGCUCAGGGACAACCAGUCAGGACCAUGGAGAUGCUGCAUCAGUUACUCUCCUCAACCUGGAGCCUCAUGAGGAGAUACUGGAGCAGGCGAGCCCGGCAACGCAGAGACGGGCGCGCGCCUCCCUCUCAGACCUGUCUCACGAAGAAGACAUUGAGUGUCUGACGGUACGGCAGCUGAAAGAGAUCCUUGCACGAAACUUUGUCAACUAUUCAGGUUGCUGUGAGAAAUGGGAGCUGGUGGAGCGCGUCCAUCGACUUUACAGAGAGAACGAACACAAUAGAAGAUCCAUGGACAACGUUAGCAACAUGUCUGCAGUUAUAGUUUACCCUCCACCUAUAUGCAAUGGAGGUACUGGAGAAAAUCUUCUAUGCAAGUAUGGUAUGCAAGUGGCUCAGCUGAGCGGAACUGAUGAGAACAUGUGUCGUAUCUGCAUGGAUGCUGUUAUAGACUGCGUUCUGCUGGAGUGUGGUCACAUGGUCACCUGCACCAAGUGUGGCAAGAGAAUGAAUGAGUGCCCCAUCUGCAGGCAGUAUGUGGUGCGGGCAGUGCACGUCUUCAAAUCUUAACACUGGGCCUCUACUGGAAAAUCUACACACACUGCUUGACUGAGCAGUAUUGGGCCAUGACUGGACCAAGUCACUGCCCCUUUAGUUUCACACUGAAUUAAAGGGAUAGUUCACCCAAAAUGAGAAAUUAUGUUAUCAUUUACUCACCCUAAUGUCAUUUCUAACCCAUGUAACUUUCGUUUGAAGAAUGUAUGAGUCGUUUUUUUCCAUGCAGUUAUAAUGAAAGAAAUGGUAUCAUAAAAGUGGUCAAUAUGACUUGGGUACUAAAUUCCUAGACUUCUGAAGUCAAACGAUAGCUUUGUGUGAAGAACAUACCAAAAUAUGUCAUUAUUCACUGAAAAUAUUCACAUCCACCCUAGCUGUCCUUGGCACAUUCAUGAUGGAAGUAGCGAUUCAUGAACGAAUCAUUCUUUUGAGGCAGGUCUUUUAAAUGAAUUGGCUGAUUUGGUUGAAACUGACAUGAAGGUGAGUAAAUUAUGACAGAAUUUUUAUUGUCGGGUGAACUGUCCCUUUAAAGUCAUGGAAAAUGGUACUGCGCGCACACUUUCGAGCGCAAGCAUUUCCUGCUGGCUGUUUUAUUUGAUGAUUCAUUGACACUGUACUUGUGUUUGAAUCAAAUCUGUGGUUAGUAAACAAGGGAAGAUGGACUUUAGAGGAAAAAAGUAUAUAAAGUUUAAAUGGUUUACAUUAUUGUAAACAUUUGGAAAUGUUUUAUUGUAUGUGCAAUAUUAGAAUUCUUUACGUGUGCGUGUAGAGAAACCGAUUGCCAUUAAGAUGCAUGUUGUCGUAGCGACAGUGAAGGGAGAAUGUAGGUGCCAAAGUAGAAAUGUGCAGAAUGGCUUCUGGAUUGUUUUUAUGUGCUAUUAUUAAAACCUUUUUUCCAUGUAUUGAAUCUGCUACUGCCACAUGCCACAAUGUAGUAUCUGUAACACAGGAUCAUAUGACCAGCGAGCAGUGGAGUUAUCUACAGCAACAGUGACUGCUAGUUGAAAGAAAAUACACUUCAUAUUUUCAAAGAGUCACUGGAAUCCAGCAUCUGCCAUUAUGUAGCUUAUCACUGGAACCUCAAUUACUUUUUUAGAUUCAUCCAAUUUUGCAGUACCUGUAAGACAAUAAGUGUGUGGUUAAUCUGCCUCCAUUGUGCCGUGUAAACACAAUACUUAAAGUUGCACCAAGAAUUUUUUUUGUGAUUGUGCAUCGUUUUAUACAUAUUUAGGUGGAAAACUUUUUGAAGUGGAAAAAAUUACUUGGUGCACCUUAAAUUGGCCUCAUGCCAUGAUAGGUUUUGAUUAACAAAAUGUCAUUUCUCUGUUGGUCAAAGAGACAAAUCUGCUUUGUUGUUCUUCAUCUCAAGCAAUACAAUGACACAAGUCAAAUUUUUUUUUUUUUUGGUGUUGUAUUGUGCCACACAAACCUGUGUACAUUUUCAAAGAUUUCCACAAGCGGUGCUACAUGCAUUUAUGUAUCACAGUUCUCUACUGGGUUUGCUCAAAAAUUGCAGAUUCUACUUUUGUUGAAUCCACUGUUUGUUUCUUCCCCCCUCUUUUGUGAAUAUUGAAGUCAUAGAUCAGGGGUCCCCAAACUUUUUCUGCGAGGUCCACGUAAUUUUUCCUUUCUUUAAUGGGGGGCUAGGGAUGCAGCGAUUAACCGGUUUCACGAUUUAAAACGUCACGGUUAAUUAAUCGUAAAGGUUCCGCUAAACCGAGUGUUUCUGUUACACAGAACGGAACUGCUGCAGCUUGCGCAAAACGAAAACAAAGUUACACUAGCGGUGCACCAUCUUAAAAUGACGUGCUUAUCAGAGGCAUGGAGGCUGAUUCAAAAUCAAUACAUUUACUUACUUAUGCAUAUUAAUUAGUGUGAACUGUGGGCUUGCUUCUGGCUGGUGAGAAGUCCAAUGUCAGGUUCCAUUCCUGUCACAGCCAGUCUCAAAGACUGAUGUUCAUCAGUGAGUCUUGAUCUCACUGGAGUUUUCAUCAGUUUCAUGCAUGAAAAGGUUUGCUCACAGAUAUACGUGCUGCCAGAAAGUGUGGACAUCUUCAUUGCAUGCCUUUUGUUUGGGUGUGUCUCGUUUGGGAGGGCAGCAUAGAAUUCAGUGAGACCGUUGGGCUUAAAUGCGUCUUUCAGAACAUCACAGUUCUGUAACUCAGCCAACUCAAACUGAUAAGAAGGCAAGGCUUCGUCAAUGUCGGAAGCGAAGGGGUUCUGGAAAAGGCGGAUUUCUUUAGCAUGGACAUGUAGCUCAUGGAGCCGCACGUCUUCUUUUUGAUUGUAUUCUUUGAACACAGACACUGUUUCUUGACAGAUGAGACAAACAGCCACUUCUUUGCACUGAACAAAAAAAUCAUCACUUGUCCACUUUUGGUUAAAUACCCUGCAUUCUGAAUCAACCUUUCUCUUUCCCAACCGUUUCGCCAUUUUGUCGUCUCUUUGAAUUUUCUUGCUGGCUCACGCGUCACCUGUUCGAUUGCGAUGGCACGUUAUGUUCAACGUACCAUUCUGUUGGUAGGUGAAUUUUACUAAUAAUUAGGCUACGUUAAUAACUAAGGGAAAUUUUAGUUUGAAAGCCAACCUUUAUUAUCAAAUACAGACAUGAUAUAAGUAAAACAUAUAUUUAAAAUUGCAUUUUAAAAUGACAAAAUAUGUCUCUGGCAUUGUUCAAAGGGCCGGUCCAAAUGUGGGGGCGGGCUGCAUUCGGCCCGCGGGCCGUAGUUUGGGGACCCCUGUCAUAGAUAAUGGUAAGAUAAUGAGAGGAAAUUGUCAUAUAAUUCCUCUAGAUGCCCUUUGUUUUUCUGUGAAUUAUGUAGUCAAAUAUAAGUUAGAAUGUCUGUGGUAUUGCCUAGACAAACAAAUAUAAUGGAAAAUUUAACCUAUUAAUCGCAUAAUUUUAUAAAAAUAUAAAAACAAGAUGCACAUCAAGUAUAUGCAUAUAUUUUGCUCUCUGACCUUUUUUUUUUUUUUUUUCCGUACUCAUCAUUCCAGUUUUCCCAAGAGUGUAAACAGCAUUUAUUUAGUAGGUUAUAUUUUACACCACCCAAAAAGAAAAUUCUACAGGAGAAUUGAUAGCUUUCUGGUGUCUCGGCCAUGUAUUUAUAUAACUAGAAUUUUCUUUUUCUUUUUUUCUGUCUUGGUUUUAAAAAUUUCCACCACUGUCUACCCAACACUGACACUGUGCAUAUGUGUAUGCUUCUAAUGCUGCUAUCUUUAAAAGAUGUCACUUGGUAGUAGGCAACUACUCUACCUGAGCAGACAAUGGAAAAGAUUACACACUCAAAAUUAAGUGAGCGCUUUAAGAAGUUUUGGGUCUGGUCUUUGUACUUUGGAAUGUUGAACUUUUUAUUUGGUAAUUCAAAAAUGAUUUAUUAAAUUGAAUAAAAAUAUGGUAUCUUGAACUAACAAAAUAAAGAUUUUUCUCAUUUAAGUAGA